AUGUCCAACCAAAUCACCGUGACCGAGUUCCUUCUCUUGGGAUUCUCUGACAUUCGGGAGCUGCAGAUUUUGCAUUUCAUGGUGUUUCUAGGGAUUUACCUGGUAGCCCUGACUGGGAAUCUUCUCAUCAUCAAAGCCAUAGCCCUCGACCACCAUCUUCACACCCCCAUGUAUUUCUUCCUGAUGAAUCUGUCCAUCCUAGAUCUUGGCUGCAUCUCCAUUGUUGACCCCAAGUCCAUGGCCAAUUCCCUCAUGAACACCAAGGUCAUUUCAUAUCAUGGAUGCAUCAUCCAAGUCUUUUUCUUCCUUUUCUUCACUACAGCUGAGCCUCUGUUACUAAUCAUCAUGGCGUACGACUGGUACAUUGCCAUCUGCCAACCACUGCACUACAAGUCAAUGAUAAACAGGAGAGCUUGUGUCCAAAUGGCAGCCAGUAUCUGGAUCAGUGGUGUUCUCAAUUCUGCACUGCACACUGGGAACACGUUUGCAAUAAUCUUCUGGGCAGACAAUGAGAUGGAGCAGUUCUUCUGUGAAACUCUCCUGCUCCUCAAGCUUGCCUCCUAUGACUCAUAUCUCAGAGAAACUGGGGCUAUUGCCUUUAGUAUGUACUUUGCCUUAAACUACUUUUUUAAAUAUAUAUAUAAAAUUCUGUCUUAUAUUCUGAUUCUCAAAACAGUGCUGAGAAUUCCCUUUGAGCAGGGCCAGCAUAAAAUCUUCUCCACCUGCAUCCUUGACCUCAUUGUGGUCUCCGUGUUUCUUUGCACUGCUAGUUUUACCUAUAUUAAACCCACCUUCAGCUCAGUCUCAGCUCUGAAUCUCAUUGUGGCUGUUUUGUAUUCCGUGGUGCCUCCCAUGAUGAAUCCGAUCAUUUAUAGCAUGAGGAACAAGGAUAUCAAAGCUGCCUUAUGGAAAAUGAUUGGGUCAAGGCAAUUCUCCAAAAAAAUAAAAUGGCCAUCUUACUCCUAUGACCAUCUUCUCAUUCUGUGUUUCUUUAUAAAUAUAAUCAACUUUUGA